CAAACAAAAAAGAAUAGAAAGAGAAAGAAAUCAUAGUACUCCUCAGUGAGAAAACAAUGAAGCCCGCAGCAUGGAGGUCCGCGGCCAUGGCCAUGGCCGCCGCUGCAGCUCUCCUCCAUCUCUGCUCCUCAAUGGCGGAAGACAAGAUCGCCAAGCUCCCCGGUCAGCCUCAGGUGAGCUUCCAGCAGUACUCAGGCUACAUCACAGUCGACAAGAUGAAGCGGAGGUCUCUCUUCUACUACUUUGCUGAAGCUGAGGCCGACCCAUCCUCAAAGCCUCUCGUCCUGUGGUUGAACGGAGGACCCGGUUGUUCUUCAGUUGGGGUUGGGGCAUUUUCAGAGAAUGGACCUUUUAGACCCAGUGGGAAAAUUCUAGUGAGAAAUGAAUUCAGUUGGAAUAAAGAAGCCAAUAUGCUGUAUUUGGAGACACCAGCAGGAGUUGGGUUCUCUUACUCCUCUAAUGACUCCUAUUAUGCUGAGGUUGAUGAUAAGAUGACUGCCAGGGACAAUCUAGUCUUUGCCCGCCGCUGGCUCGAGAAAUUCCCUCAGUAUAAGCAUAGGGAUCUCUAUAUUGCUGGGGAGAGCUAUGCAGGACACUACAUCCCUCAGCUUGCUGAUCUCAUGGUUCAAUUCAACAAGAGAGAAAAGAUCUUCAAUCUUAAAGGAAUUGCUUUGGGCAAUCCUGUUCUUGAGUUUGCCACCGACUUCAACUCAAGAGCUGAGUUUUUAUGGUCUCAUGGGUUGAUAUCAGACUCAACAUACCACAUUUUCACUUCAGCAUGCAACUACUCUCGAUACAUUGGAGAGUAUUACCGAGACUCUCUUAGUCCUACAUGUGAAAAAGUGGUGAACCAAGUGACUAAAGAAACAAGCAGCUUCGUCGAUAAGUAUGAUGUUACCUUAGAUGUUUGUAUCUCAUCGAUGCUCUCACAAUCCUUGGCUCUAAGUCCUCAACAUGUUUCAGAGAGAAUAGAUGUUUGUGUGGAAGAUGAGACGAUUGACUAUCUCAACCGCAAAGAUGUGCAAAAAGCUCUACAUGCUAAACUUAGAGGAGUGUCACAGUGGACGGUUUGUAGUAGUGUACUUGAAUACAAUUUCCUCAACUUGGAGAUACCAACAAUCUCAGUUGUAGGUUCCCUGGUUAAGUCUGGGAUCCCAGUUUUGGUUUACAGUGGUGAUCAAGACUCAGUUAUACCUUUAACGGGUAGCAGAACACUGGUUCAGAGACUGGCAAAGGAACUAGGAAUGAACACGACAGUUCCUUACAGAGUUUGGUUCGAGGGGAAACAGGUUGGUGGAUGGACUCAAGUUUAUGGAGACAUGCUUUCCUUUGCUACUGUAAGAGGAGCAUCUCAUGAAGUUCCAUUCUCGCAGCCUACAAGAGCUCUCGGGCUUCUCAGAGCUUUUCUCGCUGGCAGGCCAUUGCCUGAGGCAUUCUGAUAUAUUCUUCGAUAACAGUGGGAUUCUUUUGAAGCGUGGUUAUGUAUUUGUUCUCUCUUUUUUGUACGUCAAUUCACGAGCAUUCAUUACGUUGAAGAAGUUGUGUGGCAUGCAGAAUGUGUGCCUUUGAUGAGCUAAGAACGUGAGUUUUAGGCCAAAUUUGUAAGUCUCAGAUAAGUCUCAGAUAAUAAAGUGUAAUUUAUUCGGCAAA